UCUCUCGUCUUCUUUCUUUGUCUCUGCAACUGCAAUGGCAUUCCACAGACCCACGAAGGCCAAACCAAAACCAAGAUCCGUAAUCCUCUUGCUCACACUGGCCAUAGCAGCCAUUGCCCUCUUGUUUCUCUUCUCUUCCCUCAUUUCCACAAAUGGGUUCUCUCUGUCUUCCUCAAGAACCCUGGAAAUCGUCUUCAACUCCAACAGCCGGAAGCCCCGCGAGAGAACCCACACGGGCCACGAGAAGUACUUGUACUGGGGUAGCAGAAUCGACUGCCCCGGAAAGCACUGCGACUCCUGCGAGGGUCUGGGUCACCAGGAGUCCAGCCUCAGGUGUGCCCUUGAGGAAGCCAUGUUUCUCCAGAGAACAUUCGUCAUGCCUUCUAGGAUGUGUAUCAAUCCGAUACAUAAUAAGAAAGGAAUCCUUCAUCAUUCUGAUAAUGCAAGUUCAGAGGAAAGGUGGGCAGCAAGCUCAUGUGCCAUGGAUUCCUUAUAUGAUAUGGACCUCAUAUCUGAUACUGUACCAGUAAUUUUAGACAAUUCAAAAUUAUGGUAUCAGGUCCUAUCUACGAGUAUGAAGCUGGGAGCUAGGGGAGUUGCCCAUGUGGAAGGAGUUAGUCGUGUUGAUCUUAAAGAGAACAGUCAUUACUCAAAUCUCUUGCUCAUAAACCGAACUGCAAGCCGUCUUUCAUGGUUUAUGGAGUGCAAGGAUCGAAAUAACCGAAGUGCUAUAAUGUUGCCAUAUUCUUUUCUCCCUUUGGUGGCAGCAAAGAAACUAAGAUAUGCAGCUGACAAGAUUAAGGGAAUCCUUGGUGAUUAUGAUGCCAUCCAUGUUCGUCGUGGUGAUAAAAUAAAGACGAGGAAGGACAGAUUUGGAGUUGAUAGGGCCCUGCAUCCCCAUCUGGAUAGGGAUACACGUCCUGAAUUUAUCCUCCGAAGAAUUGAAAAAUGGGUCCCACCUGGACGAACAAUUUUUAUUGCUUCAAACGAGAGGACAUCUGGAUUCUUUUCACCUCUCUCUGUCAGAUACAAAUUGGCAUAUUCAUCAAACUAUAGCAAGAUCCUGGAUCCCUUGAUUGAGAACAACUAUGAGUUGUUCAUGAUUGAGAGGCUUAUCGUGGCGGGUGCCAAAACAUCCAUUAAAACAUUCAAGGAAGCUGAAACAGAUCUCAGCCUUACUGAUGACCCUAAGAAGAACACCAAGAUGUGGCAGAUACCUGUUUAUACCAUGGAUGAGGGAAGCUGACCUGACUUUCAUGAAGGGUUUCCUGUUUUAUCUACCACCCAGCUCGUUAUUUCACAUGGGCAAACACCUAAAAGUUGCAUAUCAGAAAGCUUCACGUUGAAAAAUCAAGAUUAUGGGUGGAAAAGAGUGGCUGAGCAGUUAAAUUGUUGUUGUAAAUUGUGAUACGAAUUCUAUAGAGGCUUUGCAUGUGUUCUCUAUAGAUGUGUAUAUCUUCACAGAAAAUCAAGAUGCUUAUUUUUCUUCCUUUUUGCAUAUAUUUCUGCUUUUGCGAGUCUUCAUUCCAAAAUUUUAUUUUAUGCCUUCUUUUCUUGCAUUCUAU